CACCGUACACUAACAUACGCUCACACACUCACUGUUCACUAACACACACGCUCACACACUCACCGUACACUAACACACACGCUCACACACUCACCGUUCACUAACACACAUGCUCACACACUCACCGUUCACUAACACACAUGCUCACACACUCACCGUACACUAACACACACGCUCCCACACUCAUUGUUCACUAACACACACGCUCCCACACUUACCAUUCACUAACACACAUGCUCAAACACUCACCGUACACUAACACACACGCUCACACACUCACCAUACACUAACACACACACACUCACACACUCACCAUUCACUAACACACACACUCACCAUACACUAACACACACGCUCACACACUCACUAUUCACUAACACACACACUCACCAUACACUAACACACACGCUCACACAACAAGUUAUUCAUUUUUAAGCCCAUACAGCCUACAGCAGUUUAGCCUCACCCAUUCAGCCUACAGCCGUUUAGCCCCACCCAUUCAGCCUACAGCAGUUUAGCUCCACCCAUUCAGCCUGCAGCAGGUUUUUGGUGCAUGAACCCGCACAAUGUUUGUAAGUAGAGCUCAGAGGAAAAUAAAACAGAAUGUAUAUGUGUAGUCUAUGGGUCCUUUACACUGCAAAAAAUGAUUUCUUAGCAAGUGUUAUCAUCUAAAUAACAAGUAUUUCUCAAUUUAAGAUGGUUGUAGAAAUAUUAUUUAUUUUAUUAUUAUAUAUAAUAUUAUUACAUUUUGUAACUUAUUUCUACAUAUUUUGACUAUAUUGGUGUAUAAUGUUGCUUGUUUCAAGUAUGUUUCUUAAACCAAGCAAAUUGAUCUGUCAGUAGAUAUUUAGACAAAAUCUAAGAUGAUUUCACUUGAGAAAUUUCAUUUUCAGCAGUGUAAGAUGAAUAAUUAGCUAAUUUGUCUGAAUAAGAUAGUUCUGGACAACAUUUCUAAAAUGUAGUUUGUUGAUCUAUAAAUAAAAAAUUAAGAUAUGUUGUUGAUUUGAAUUGUUUUCUGUUUUUUUAAGAGUUCAGUGAUUUGAAUUGUUUUCUGUUUUUUUAAGAGUUCAGAGAAAGCAGGUCUGCUUUCUCAGCUCUGCUCUACACUCAUUAAUAUGCUGUUCACUCUCUGUGAUUGUAAGGGAAACAAAACCUCUGUUAUACAGCUCCAGUCAGCUGACCGAGCGCUUUCGGCGGUCAGUCUGGGGUGAAGAGAUUCGCAGGUUUGCAGUCACACACCGAGUGUGUUUAGGAGUGUAUGGAGAUGCUAGACUGUGAGGGAGUGUGUGAUCCUGUUUGUGUGAAUGUGGGGGGAGAGCUUUACACCACCACACUGGACACGCUCACGCGCUGCCGGGACUCCAUGCUAGGUGCCAUGUUCACCGGUCAGAUCCCGCUGCUCCGGGACCGGAAUGGAAACUUCUUCAUUGACCGCGAUGGGAAACCCUUCCGAUACAUCCUCAACUUCCUGCGCUGCAACAGUCUGGACCUGCCACGGGACUUCACUGAGCUUACAUUGCUGCGCCGUGAGGCCGACUUCUUCCAGAUCCGCCCACUGCUAGAGGAGCUGGAGCGCAGGGAGGCGCAGCCUCGUGGUGGGUGUGGCUCAGGAGGGGCACUGUUGUGUGCAGAGGUGGACAGCCAGGAGCGAGUCCUACACUUCAAUUACAAACGCAAACCUGAAAACUACGAGCUGCGCUCCUGCAUCGUCCGCGUCCACACCGCUCACAUCUUCUGCACCUCACAUCCGCUCAUUGAGCUACUGAGCUCCAGCUUCUCCUAUCGCACAGGUGCUGUUUCUAUGGCACCGGAGCCAGGGCGGAUGGACCUGCAGCUGGAGUGGGUUCCAUGUCCAUCAGAGUUACCGUUGGAACAGCACAUCAGGCACGGCUUCCGGGAGCUAAGCACCACUCAGCAGUCUGAAAACAGCAUCUACACCCAGGGCAAUAGCAAUGUCUCAACCCAUGGCAAUGGCGGUGUCUCCAUCUCUGACACUCCAAGCUUCAUGGCUGAGCUGCUGAGGGUGGUGAUGGCUGAAGGGUUCCGUAUUGACCUGGUGUCUCCUGAUCCAAGUGACGUCCUGAACUGUCGCAGGCUACGCUGUGUACGUUACUGAACCUGCAGAAACUUCACUCUCUAAUCCACCAGCAUGCACUGAUCUAACCUGCUAAACUGAAGCAACUUUAUCUAAUUGAAUCUUAACAGUGACCUAAUCACUACAGCUUCACCAGAGGAACCUGGACAUAACUGGACAUGACUUGUGUGUGUUUAGAAUUUAAAUACUUUCAACAAUGUGAUUGUGAUUUCCAGCACUUACAGGUUUAACAACUUUGCUUUUGUACUUCCUUAGGAUUUACACAACAUUUUAGAAAUGGCAAAUAUAUAAUAAUAAUAAUAGUAAUAAUAAUAAUAAUAAUAAUAAUAAUAAUAAUAAUAAUAUAUCAUCUUCCAAAGUGAAUAAGUAAUAAAUGUAUUUUUUAAAAAUAGAUAAUAAUUAUGUACCACCUCCUAGUUACACUGCUAGAUAAAUUGCAUAAAUAUUAAACAAACUUAAGUGUUUACCAUUUUUUGCAAUGGCUUCUGAAUUUGACAUACUGUUAUAAUCCAGACUUUCACCCUAGACUGACCCCAGACUGACCUCAGAGUAACCGUGUCUGUCUAGUCUGUAGAGUAUUAAUGUGUUUACAACAUACAGACAUACAGGAGAUGUUAAAGUAUUGUGAUAAAUUACAACACCACAAACUAAACCAGGUGGGUCUUAUUAAAAAUUGUGAAUCUUCUAUAAUCACCUGGAUGUCUGCAUAAGCCUCAUAAUUAAGACAGUCUUACUGAAUAAACAACAAACAAAACAU